CGCCCAGCCCAGCGCAGCCCCAGCCCCGACCUCCGCCACCGCCCAGCCCGGUUCCGCCGGCCGGGAGCACCGGGAGCGACAGAACCAACCGGGGCACCGCGAGCACCGGGAGCACCGGGAGAGUCCCGGAACACCGGGAGCGGCGGCGGUACCGGGGGUCCCGGGGGUCCCGCGUCAUGAUCUGCGGCAGGAGGGCGCGUCCCGCCGCCGAGCAGCUCCGCGCCCCGUCUGACGGCGCCGGUGGCUCCCGCCGGCCCGGGAGAGCCCUGAAGAAAAUGGGCCUGACGGAGGACGAGGAUGUGCAGCGGAUGCUCCAGGGGUCCCUGCUCUGGAAGGUGAAGGCCCAGGGCGGCUCCAGGGCGCGGCUGUUCCGCCUGCAGGAGGACGGGGUCACCGUGUGCUUCGAGGGACGCUUCCGGCGCGCCCGCUCCCCGCGGAGCUUCUCGGUGGCGCACGUCGAGGCGGUGCGCCAGGGUCGCCGGUCGGAGGGGCUGCGCAAGCACGGGGCCGCCUUCCCCGAGCGCCACUGCUUCACCCUCGCCUUCAAGGGCCGCCGCAAGAACCUGGACCUGGCCGCCCGCGGCGAGGAGGACGCCCGGCACUGGGUGCAGGGGCUCACCAAGCUGAUGGGGCGGCUGCAGGCCAUGAGCCAGAUGGAGAAGCUCGACCAGUAUCCUUCGAGGGGAUGCUCGGGGACAGGGUGGGGACGGCUACGGGAGGUUUCCUUAGCCCGGUGCGGUUGGAUCCACGGCGUCCUGCAGCGAGCAGACAGGAACAAGGACAACAAGAUGUCCUUCCGGGAGGUGAAGAGCAUGCUGAGGAUGCUCAACAUCGACAUGGACGAUGUCUACGCCUCCAAGCUCUUCAAGGAGUGUGACCACUCGGGCAACGAGCGGCUGGAGGGCCGGGAGCUGGAGGAGUUCUGCCGGCGGCUGCUGCGGCGGCCGGAGCUGGAGGAGCUCUUCGGGCGCUACUCGGGCGAGGACCGGGUGCUGUCGGCCGAGGAGCUGCAGGACUUCCUGAGGGACCAGGGCGAGGAGUGCAGCCCGCGCCAGGCCCGCUCCAUCAUCCGCACCUACGAGCUCAACGACAAGGCCAAGCAGCAGGACCUGAUGAUGCUGGACGGCUUCAUGAUGUACCUGCUGUCGGCUGCCGGGGACAUCCUCAACCAGGAGCACACCAAGGUGCACCAGGACAUGAGCCAGCCCCUGAGCCACUACUUCAUCUCCUCCUCCCACAACACCUACCUGACCCGCAACCAGAUCGGCAGCACCAGCAGCACCGAGGCCUACGUCAGGGCGCUGAGGGCAGGGUGCCGCUGUGUGGAGCUGGACUGCUGGGAGGGCUCGGACGGGGAACCCGUCGUCUACCACGGCCACACGCUCACCUCCAAAAUCCUCUUCCGCGACGUCAUCGAGAGCAUCCGCGACUCUGCCUUCGAGAAAUCCCCCUACCCCGUCAUCCUGUCCCUGGAGAACCACUGCGGGCUGGAGCAGCAGGCCACCAUGGCCCGGCACAUGAAGGCCAUCCUGGGGGACAGGCUGCUGACGCAGCCCCUGCAGGGGCAGGACCCCCACGAGCUCCCCUCACCAGAGCAGCUGAAGGAAAAGAUCCUGGUGAAGGGCAAGAAGCUGCCAGAGCUGUGGCAGGAGCCCCGGGGUGUCACCUCCCUUCUGGACCCUGAAGAGGAGGAAGAGGAAGAGGAGGAAGAAGAUGAGGAGAAGGUGCAGGAGAGAAGCCCCCGGCGGUCGCUGCAGUCCCUGCAGGAGAUCAAACCUCUGCAGGCCAAGGACGCGUCGCAGGUGUCCCCGGAGCUGUCGGCACUGGUGGUGUACUGCCAGGCUGUCCCCUUCCCCGGGCUGGCCCAGGCCCUGCGCCACCCCCAGCCCUGCCAGAUGUCCUCCUUCAGUGAGAGGAAGGCACGGAAGCUCAUCAAGGAGGCAGGCCCGGCGCUGGUCCGCUACAACGCCCGCCAGCUGAGCCGCGUGUACCCGCUGGGGCUCAAGAUGAACUCUGCCAACUACAACCCCCAGGAGAUGUGGAACGCUGGCUGCCAGCUGGUGGCCCUCAACUUCCAGACGCCGGGCUACGAGAUGGACCUGAACGCCGGGCGCUUCCUGCCCAACGGCCGCUGCGGCUACGUGCUGAAACCCCUGUGCCUGCGCAGCCCCCCCGGGGAGGGCUCCCGGCGCCUGGCCCUGCACAUCAGGGUGAUCACAGCGCAGCAGCUGCCCAAGCUGAACAGGGACAAGGGCAGCUCCAUCGUGGAUCCCUUCGUGCGCGUGGAGAUCCACGGCAUCCCGGCCGACUGUGCCAAGCAACAAACCCAGCACAAGCUCAACAACGGGUUCAACCCGCGCUGGGAGGAGACGCUGCGGUUCCAGGUGCGGGUGCCCGAGCUGGCGCUGGUGCGUUUCGUGGUGGAGGAUUACGACAGCACCUCCUGCAACGACUUCGUGGGGCAGUUCACGCUGCCCCUGCCCAGCAUGCGCCAAGGGUACCGCCACAUCCACCUGCUCUCCAAGGACGGCGCGUCCCUGUCACCCGCCACGCUCUUCGUGCAUGUUCGAGCCAAGAGCCUGUGAGGAGCCACAGGAGGGACAACCUGGUGUCCCCGAGGUGCCCACGGGGGGACAUUGUGUCGGUGUAGGGGACAACAGGCUCCUCCCUGGGCGGACACCCUGCGUGGGGACAGCCCGAGGACACUGCUCACCUGUCUGUGGUGACAGCAGGGCUGGGAGGACCCGAAGGGGUGGGGGCUCCCCUACCCAGGGCCACCCUCCUACUCUUGCUGAGGGGACAGAGAUGCUGUGACAACCAGGAUGGGUUGAUUGGGCCAACAACAGCCCAGCACAGCCCCACAGGGGUGACAGCAAGCACCGAAGCUCACCGGUCUUGGCCACGCUUGAUCCCAGCUCCUCUCCUGGGGUGCAAGGAUGGUGCCAUCAUCACCCUGGAGUCCCUGAGGGGACCCUGCCACCACACACUCCAUUGUGCCCGGGUGGGGCCACAUUGCCAACCUCUGCUCUGGCACCAGCCAUAGGCACAGAUUUACACCCUGGGAUCAAGCCAGUCGAAUAAAGGUUUUAUUUUAACAGA